AUGAGAAUUGGACUGGGACGUCUGGGCCCGGAAGGAGAAUUGGACCGGAACAUCUGGGCCCCGGAAGGAGAAUUGGACUGGGACGAAGAGGUACGGAGUGAGAGCAGCGACCCCCCCUCCCCCUCCCCAGGCCCGACUGCCACGCUGCCCCCGCGGCACGAGGACUUCAACCCGGAGCGCCCCGUGUGGGUGCGCUGCUCCACCAGCGAGAGCUACUUCUCCCUGGACCCCCUCGACCAAGUGGGUGAGAGCACCGCAGUGGGCACGUCUCUGCUCACGAGCCUCUGCGAGGAGUUUGAGCAGCGCCUGGGGAGGAGGAGGAGGGACGCCCGGGCGUCGCGCCCCCACUGGGAGCCGCCCCCCAGCCAGGGCCACUCGUGCGGCGUCUCGGACAGCAGCAGCAGCUCGGACUCGGACUCGGAGUCGGAGUCGGAGUGCGGGAGUGAGGGAGGGGGAGGGGCCGCGGGGGGCGGUCUGGGUGCGGUGGACGUGGUGGAGGAGAUCAGGCGCAGGAAGAGUCACCCAGACAGACUCCACCCGGAGCUGUGGUUCAAUGAUCUAGGGCAGAUGAACGACGGGCCGCUGUGUAAGUGCAGCGCGCGAGCCAGGAGCACGGGGAUCAGACACGCCAUCUACCCUGGCGAGGAGCCGAUUGAAGCGUGCCGCCCGACGGGGAACAACGCUGGGCGCCUGUUCCACUACCGCGUCACCGUCUCCCCGGCAACCAACUUCCUGACGGACCGCCCCACGGUGAUUGACUUUGACGACCACGAGUACAUCUUCGAAGGCUUCUCCCUCCUGUCGCACUCGCCCCUCAAGGACGUGCGGACACUGUGUAAAGUCGUCCUCAACAUCGAUUACAGCAUCAUCUUCUUAGAGACGCUGCCACAGAACUUCACGGUGCGGGGUCUGGAGCUGCUGUUCUUCAUUUUCUGGGACCUGUUGGAGCUCCACGACUGGGACCUCUCUGGACCCCAGUUCCCCGAUGGCCGCUCCUCGUGCCCGCGGUUCCACUUCUUCCCAAGAUUCGUGCGCUCGCUGCCCGACAACGGCAAGGAGGUGCUGUCGCUGCACCAGGUGCUGCUCUUCCUGCUACGCAGCGCCACUCCCCUCGUGUCGGACCCCCAGGAGGCCGAACUGCGCUCGUGGACCGACGCGCGCUGGCAGCGCUUCGCCGAGGAGUGCAAGGGCAUGAUCGUUACCAACCCCGUCACGAAACCCACCUCGGUGAGAAUCGAUCAGUUGGACCGCGACCCCUCGCAGGGGCCCCAGGGGUCGCAGGACGACUCCAGUCCCAUCAUCGUGCACUUCGGCAUCCGCCCAGCGCAGCUGAGCUACGCGGGGGACCCGCAGUACCAGAAGCUGUGGAGGAGUUAUCUGAAGUUGAGACAUUUGCUGGCAAACAGCCCCAAAGGGAAGCCUCCCUACAAGCAGAGGCUCAUGCAGAGAGAGGAGGCCCUGCAGAGGAUCAGGCAGAAGAACUCGAUGCGACGUGAGGUCAUGGAGCUCAGCAGCCGCGGCUUCUACCGGACGGGGCUGCGGUCGGACGUCUGUCAGCACGCGAUGAUGCUGCCUGUGCUUACUCACCACAUCCGCUACCACCAGUGCCUACAGCACUUGGAGACUCUGCUGGGGUACCGGUUCAACAACCGCGAGCUCCUACAGCUGGCGAUGACCCACCCGAGCCACCACCUGAACUUCGGGAUGAACCCGGACCACGCGAGGAACGCGCUCUCCAACUGCGGCGUGCGCCAGCCGACCUACGGGGACCGGCGUGCCCAGCACCUGCACCAGAGGAAGAAGGGUACCGGCAAUGGCGUCGCACCACACACGACAUCGUACCGGAGCGGCGUCACGCCGCACACGACAUGACAUCACACCCCGUGGUGUCGUAUCGCGAGUGGAGACGGU